AUGAAAGUCUCCAGCAUGCUCUUUCAAAUCGGCCUAGCUGCUGCUUUCGUGUUCCCAAAUGUGCUGGCAUUGACACAGACUCUCCAAAGCAGUGUGCGUUUGGACUUUUUAUUCUUUGAUGAUGUCAAACUACGAGAAGCAACUGCCUGUGAGAUUGAUGGAUUGAUGAUUCGAACAUCAGAAUGGUUUUUUCUGCAGCUCCAGGAAACAUUUCCGAGCCUGGAAUCCUUUCAGGCUGUUUUUGUGGGUCAAACCAUUGAUGUGGCUGCUGAGUACCCCGAGUACCCCAUCACCCUCAACUUUAAUGCGAUUGCAGAGAUUGCACAAGGCGCAACUCACACCACAGCUGAUCUGUUCACUGCAAUGGAAUCAUUGAACUUUAACAACUAUAUUACCGAUGCUGUGUGGACUGAAUCCCAAACAGGAGGUUUAUUUGAAGAUGUUCACGGAACAGCGUUGAUAGCUCGUGAAGCUACUGAUGAUGGAACAGGCAAUGUUCCUAUGGAUACAAAUAUGGGGUGUGCUGAUGAUGAAGAUAUGGAUGACCUCCAACCUGGAAACACUGAAACAGAGAACGGUUUGGCCAUUGAUAGUGAAGACUGCGCAACUGCGUUGCAAGCAUACCGCGAGAGCAACGGAGAAAACUUUUAUCAAGUCAAAUUGGAAUGUUUGCAGUCGUCUGAAUGUGCUUCAGCAGUACCAGCAUCGAUCGCAAAAACGAGUGGCAUCAACACAGCAGCCAUGCACAUCCAGGAUGCUGAGAUUGCCUGCAAUUUCACAGAACACACAGCCCAUUCUGAAUGGAGUGACUGUGUGACUCGAGACACUGAGGAAUCAGUGGAUUUGGGAAACUUGCUGAACUUCACUGCCUCUGAUGAUGAUUGGCCAAUGAUUAAGAGAGUGACUGGCUACAACUACACCGACAACCUGGAAUGGGGCAUUACCAAGGGUUGUGGCAAUGACAAUCAUGUUUAUCUACUCUACAGGAAUGGCGGCUCUGGUGCAGCUGAGGGCUCAUACAGCAUUAUUGGAUACCAGAGUUGGGCUUCCUUUUUGGAGAAAGGCAAUUUCAUUCAUGGAAGUGGCGAGGUUGAUGCACAAGGCAUCAGUGGUAUUGCUCCUGGCCAAUGUGCCUAUGGCAAUCAGUUUGCGACAAAGCUGAUCGGCUCAUGCCGACUGAUUGGAGAGGGAUUGCAGGAUGUUGGUAGUGACGCCCAUGAGGACGACAACAGCGAGAACACCGAUGAGGAGGACAAUUCCGAUUCUUCUUCAGUGUCUCGUGGUUGCCGCAUUUCUUACUUUGUGUCUGGCUGCGCUUGGACUUGGUUCACAUCAUUGGUCCUCAAGGCGGUCUGA